CUUCUAGUACGGCUUUUAAUUGUCAUCUUUAUAAGCAAAUACUGUAGUUUAUGCAUAAUCGCUUGGGAAAAAAGAUUUAUUUCCACCAUUUGUUGAAACCAAGUAAGUAAGGACAUGAAUCGGAGCGAUGGGAAAACUGCUUCGUCGUCGGAAUAGCUAUACCCCAAAAUGAUCAAUUCCUAAAUGGAGCGUAAAUCUUGGUAACAUUGCUGAUACUCGGUAUCUUUUUCUACCUACAAGAGGGACAACUGUGAAAGCCACAGUAAGAGAACAGAAGGAAGAUUUUGGAUAUAAAAAGAACUGUAACAAUGGACAUGGAAAUCAAGCAGCGAGAGAUGAUGUAUCGACUAAUGAUAAGUCAGUUAUUCUAUGAUGGACACAAAGAAUUGGCAGUUGGUUUAGCAACAGCUGUCAGGCCACAUCCAUCAUGCCCUCCUAGUGACCGUUUAUUCAAGGUUUUCAAACUAGGUCUGAGAGAAGAAGAAGAAGCGACUGAUACAAAGAAAGAUCUGACAAGCAGCACCGUGGUACCAGGAUCAGGCAUCGAUUUAGAGUUUGAGACAGAAGUGCAAACCAUCUCUGCAGAAGCUGCAUUGUAUGAGACAUGUUAUGUAACUGCACAUAAGGCAGCAUGUCGUGCUGCUACCUUCCAUCCUUCAGGUCAGAUCAUCGCUACAGGCUCAGAAGACUGCUCUAUAAAAAUCUUAGAUGUGGAAAGAAUGUUAGCAAAAAGUGCUACACCUGCUGAAAUUAUUGCCAUGGAAACACCUCAGCAGCAGAUGGAAAAUCAUCCUGUCAUCCGAACUCUUUAUGACCAUGUUGAGGAGGUGACAUGCUUAGAUUUCCAUCCGUUUGAGCAGAUUUUGGCUUCUGGCAGCAAAGAUUUCAGCAUUCGUUUUUUUGAGUACUCAAAGCCUUCUGUCAAAAAAGCCUUCAGGAGUGUACAGGAAGCUGCACCUGUGCGUUGCAUGUCCUUCCAUCCAAGUGGAGAUUUUUUGGCAGUGGGAACACAGCAUCCAACAUUGCGACUGUAUGACGUAAAUACUAUGCAGUGCUAUGUAGGCAGCAUCCCUUCUGAUCAACACACUGGUCCUGUCACAGAUGUGAGCUGGAGCCCCAGUGGGAACCUGUACACUUCUUGUGCUAAAGAUGGGCACAUCAAGAUCUGGGAUGGAGUCAGCAGCAAAUGCAUCACAACAUUCAAACUUGCCCAUCAAGGGCAGGAAGUUUGCUCUGUUGUUUUCUCACGCAAUGCUAAGUAUAUACUAUCAAGUGGAAAAGACUCUCUGGUCAAAUUGUGGGAGCUCUCAACCAACCGCUGUUUGAUUGUGUACACUGGGGCUGGUGCUACAGGCAAGAUGGAACAUCGCACCAAUGCUGUGUUCAACCACACAGAAGAUUACGUACUUUUCCCUGAUGAAAAGACAACAAGCCUCUGUUGCUGGGAUUCUCGAAAUGCUGAGCGUCAAAAGCUUCUGUCAUUAGGUCACAAUGGAGCAGUAAGAAGCAUAGCCCACUCACCCACAGGACCUGCCUUUAUCACCUGCAGUGAGGAUUUCCGUGCACGAUUUUGGUACAGGAAGGCAACAACAGACUAAAAGAAAUAUAUUCAACGUUCAUGCCAGCAUUUCCUUGUGUCAUUAUCAUUGCCAAAUAUUUUACAAUGUUUAUAAGCUGAUGAAAUGUUUUUUAUUACAGUGGUGUACUUUGAUCAAUACAAAAGUGUUUUCCAAAGAAGCCAC